AUGUAUUUUUCCACCAUAGCUCGAGGGACUGCGGUCCUCGCUGCGCUGUCGGGUACAGCUGCAGGAAUGGGAGCUAGCAUGUCGCGAUUCAAGCGAGACCUGAAGCUUUCGGCUGAGUUUGGCGUCCCUCCUGAUGUGCUGCUUUCUCAGAAGACCUCUGUGUAUGAUGUGACUAGUGCCGAGCUUGAUGAUUUGGUUGAGGCGGAAUAUGCCUCGCUCCCCAUUGAUCACAGCAACUCUUCAGUCGGUGAUUAUUUGAACCGAUAUUGGGUAUCGGAAAAGCAUUACAAAGAAGGUGGACCAGUCUUCGUGUACGAUGGUGGCGAGUCAACGGCUGCGGUUCCGGCUCGAACUCAUCUGAGCAAUACGACUUCAUUCUUCUAUCAGCUGCUUGAGGAGUUUGGGGGCAUGGGCAUUGUUUGGGAGCAUCGGUACUAUGGAGAUUCCUUGCCGUACAAUGUCAGCCAGAGUACGGAGCCCGAGCAUUUCCAGUACCUCAACAACAAACAGGCUCUGGCAGAUAUCCCGUUCUUUGCGGCCAACUUCAGUCGUGAAAAUUAUAAGGAUGUCGAUCUGACCCCAGAUGCGACACCAUGGGUCAUGUAUCCCGACACAAUUUAUGCCUCUUUGGCUUCAUCCGCCCCCGUGGAAGCGCGCAUCGACAUGAGCAUAUAUUUCGACCAGGUCUACGAUGGAAUUGUGGCCAACGGGCACCUGAACUGCACCCGAGAUAUCAAGGCAGCACUGUCGUACAUCGAUGAACAGCUAUCAAAGAGCAAGGAGUCGGCAGCGGCUAUCAAGCAGAAAUUCUUCGGCAAAGGGGCCGAGAAAAAUAGCCAUGGCGAUUUCACCGCCGCACUGGCGUCGAUUUACAACUUUUUCCAAGCCUACGGUAUGGGCGGCGGAUUGGGUAGUCUGGAAUCCUUCUGCCAGCAUAUGGAGACAGACCCUAAGACUAGCGACCCCGCUCCCCCGCAGGGAUUCGCUCGUUCCCGGGGUAAGAAAUACGCCGCAGAGCGAUAUGCCUCGUGGCCCGUUUUCAAGCAGCUGGUCAACAUGUAUUACGAGACCAACUGCGACCAGCUCGAGCCCAGCCAGCCCCUCUCGUGUGUCCUGUCACCACCGGCUUUCGAGCCAGAUUCCAUCAGCUGGACAUGGCAAUACUGCACCGAGUGGGGAUACUACCAGACCAACAACUUCGGUCAUCACUCACUAUUGUCCAAGUAUCAGACCCUGGAUUAUGCGCAGGACUACUGCAACCGAAACUUCCCGGAAGCUGUGAAGAAAGGUUUGUUACCCAAACACCCGCAGGUUGACGCGAUCAAUGCGGAGACUGGCGGGUGGACUAUGCGUCCAUCCAAUGGGGUGACGUUCACCACGGACAUCCCCAAGUGCAAUGUGGAGACGGGCGAGGACACCCUCUUUGGUUACAUCAUGGCCAAUGCGGAGCACUGCUUUGAUUUCCAACCGUCGUUUGUGCCUGGGGCGAUUUCCCGGGGAUACUUUUCCACCGCGUUAAAGGAGUGGCUAGAAUGCUUCGAGCCUAAGAACUAA